CAGCUGUAGUGGCGGUGCGAACUUGUUAUUCACUUGCGACAGCAUGACAAUAAUCGCCCGCUCUUCUGGUCUUGCUGUUCAUGCGAAUCAUGGUAUGAUGGUGGUGUAGUCCAAUACAAGACAUACGAGGCUCCGUCGGGUUGUCGCUUGCUGUGCAGGGAGGAAAGGGAGAGUGUGCACGUGAUUAACUGCGCUCCCUUGGCUAUUAGCACCACGAUGGUCCUCAUCGACGAGAAGACCGUCCCACCCCCGCCCUACGACGCGUCGCCCUCGUCUGGCCCGCCUCCGUUCCCGAUGGGCCGGGCGAGCAGACAGAGCCUCGGCCGUCUGCCUCCGAAUGUACUCCUCCAGAUCAUCUACAUGACAUUCCCACACACACCCAACUCCGAGAGACAGCGCAAGACACUGUACUGGCUGGCGUAUCACCUCAGACUCGUCAACCAUGCUUUCUACAUCGCAUGUAUGCACAUCCUUAGAUCCACAUACCUCCCAGCCUAUUCCUCUCUCGUUCGUCCUCCUUACUCCUCAGACCCAUUCCCAAUGUCAUCUGCUACCACUUCCUCUGCCCCACUCGAUACCGUCCAGCGCGAGACACGCGUGUUGGAUAUCUUCAUCGCAAUCAAGACCAAGGAAGACCUCUUCACGGAUGCAUCCGAGCUCCACCUCGGCAGAGACGAACUCUUCAAGGAUUUAUUCGACCUCAUGCAGCCUCGCAGCCGUCUCGAGGACCUCGUCCGCCACUAUGGCAUGCGCGAAGGCGUCGUACACGUCACCUCCACGAGUGCAAUCGGCUCUUCUUCAAACACGUCUCUCAACAGCAUGAGUAACGGAUCUCGCAGGUCACAGCAGAAUCGGACAUCCAUCCCGUUUUCUGCUCUCUCCGUCGCCUUUUCUCCAAGAAAGGUGGGGCUGACGUUGACGUCAUCCGGGAGGAAACGGACCAUCCUAGAAGUUCCGCGAGUUCCAAACGAGAAACUGGAAGCUGUCGCGAAGAAACUGGUGAAGCAGCUCAAGGCUUGGCUCAGCAGCUCCUGGUAGUUACUGCGGUGCGUGUGCUAACUCACUCUCGAUCGUAGGUUACCAUAACCGACCUCUCUACAGCACCGUUGCCUCGACUUUAUAUACGUACACUUCUAUAUAGGUAUUCGGACGCUCGUUUGACAUCGUAUCGGCCUUGUAACUUUUCUGGUAUGUACCCGUACUUUCGAUUACCGUUCGCAAUGUUCCUGGCGACGAAUUGCGGAUUCGUUGCAAUGCAUUAGCAUACAGGUAGGUACCAUUGUCAGGGGUCAGAUCCGAGUGCAAAGCGCUUGCCUCCUGACAUCAGGUGUACCCGUUAAACGGAAUGGAAUGCACUCCUCAAUGGAAAAGAUCGCAAA